UAGUAAUAAAUUCUACCGUAUAUCGCGUAUGUACAAUGUUUUUUUAAAAUUGAUACUUUGUAUAUGGGUUGUUUGAUACUUCACAUUAGUUUCUAAUCGUGAAAGGAACGCAUCCUUCAAUGACAGGUGGCGAGUUGACAGCGUAUUCGGCCUCGGAAGAAAUUUCGAACGUUAUUUUUACCAACAAUACUGCGUAAAAUAUAGACAAAAACAUGCAACAAUUAACAGUAUUCAUGGAUAUUGAAAGUUCACGUUCGUAUAUCGACGAGCUGUAUUCUCCUGAUGCAGCGAAAGUCGUGGAGGCCUUAGUGACGUUAAAGAACUCAGUAAUAGGCAGCAACAGACAGAAGAGUUCAGUAAUACAGCAAGGAGUAGUGCCGAGACUUCUGCAACUGAUGUCGGACGAAUCUCUUGACCCUAACAUAAGAUUAGAAGCCACAAUCACAAUAGGGUCACUAGCAAAAGGCACAGCAGAGAAUGUUAGCUCGUUAGUAGAGCAGGGUACAGCUACGGCACUAGUUGAGCUCCUCAAGACAGCACCUAUUGGCACAAAGUUGACAGAAGCUGGACUAUGUGCAUUACGGAGUGUGUUCAUGCAUCCACCAGCACCCAUUGCGUCCCUACCUGCUGAUAUGAGGCUACUCACAAGGCUCACACAGAUAGCCCGCGAAGGCUCCCCGACAGCGCGCGCGUGUGUGGUCCGCAUCCUGUCCAUCUGGUGUUGCGGCGCGGGCGAGCAGGAGGCGCUGUGCGCGGCCAACGCGUGCGGCGCGGCCGCCGCGCUGCUGGCCGCCACGCCCGCCGCCGCCACCGCCCUGCCCGCGCUCGACCUUCUGGCUGCGAUGUGCUUCGAGAAUGCCAACGUCUCGCAAGUUGCUUUGACUACUAGACAUGGUGACAAAACAAUACCAGAGCUGUUAACGACGUUGGUUUGUCGCGACAAGCCGCUGCCGGUGGCCAUGGGAGCCGCGCGCUGUCUCACCUUCAUGCACCGCGCGGGUGCUCUACCAGCUGAUGACAACAGAGUGGUGUUCGGCGCGCUGCCGUGCCUGGCCCGGCUCUGCACCAAGGAGAUGCCGGAAGACAUCCGCGCGUCCGCCGCCGAGACCUUAGCUUACUUAGCAGAGGUAGACACAUCGCUCCAAAGGCUAGCAGCGAUAUCGAAUCACCUUAUGACGUCACUAGCGGAUAUCGUCAACUGUCAGUCGCCGGCCGCUAAGCAGGGCGCGUUCAAAUGUUUCGCGUCGCUCGGAGCCAACGAUGAAGAUAUUCGCAAGAGGAUCAUCGAGACACACGGACUUAUGGUGCAUGUGGUCAAUGGAAUGAACAACCCUGAGGCUUCGGUAAGAUUAGCGGCUGUCAGGUGCUUACACUCCCUGUCAAGAUCAGUACAGCAAUUACGAACGACUUUUCAGGACCAUGCAGUUUGGAAGCCUCUCAUGCAGUUGCUAAACGACUCUCCCGGAACAGAACUUCUUACAGUCGGAUCAUCGACGCUCUGCAAUUUACUACUCGAGUUCUCACCAGCCAAAGAGCCAAUGUUGGACCAAGGUGCAGUUGAAAUGCUUUGCAGUUUGACGAAGAGGCCCGAAGCUGCUUUGAGAUUGAACGGAAUAUGGGCGCUAAUGAAUAUGGCUUUCCAGGCUGAACAAAAAGUGAAGCAGCGCAUCCUAUGCUGCCUAGGCACCGAACAGAUGUUCAGGUUGCUCGGCGACAGCGACACACAAGUCAUCAUGAAGACGCUUGGCUUGUUGCGGAACCUCCUGUCCACAAGGCAUCAUAUAGACGCCAUCAUGAGCGAGUACUCUUCACAAGUUAUGCAGGCUGUCAUAGUGGUACUAGAAGGUUCAUACCCAGCGGAGGUGAAGGAACAGGCGCUCUGCAUACUCGGCAACAUUGGGGACGGCGAAAAGGCCAAGGAUCUCAUCAUGGCCAACGAAGAUGUCUUGAGGAAACUAGUUGAUUACCUGGUCCAGGCAUCCGAACAGUCCUGGGGGCCGACAUCCACCGAGUACGUGUCGAGAGCGAUUCAGUGGGCGAUUGACGAGGCGGCGGAAGGCGCACCCGGAGAGCAAGCUGCAGGAGGCGGCGCUGUUCGUGGCGGGCAACCUGGUGUGGCGCGGCGAGGCGGGCGCGGCCGCGCGCCAGGCGCGCCUCGCGGACCUCGGCGUGCUGCGCGCGCUCAAGCUGCUGCGCGCAAGGCACGACGCCGCGCAUCUGCACGACAAAGUGAAGACGGCUCUGGCUCAGUUUAGUGAGUUCACAUAAUAUCACAAGAAAGGUCACAGACACAAACGUAUGAGAAGAAAGUGACUUUUAGCUAUAGUAACGCUUGUGAUUCAGUCGAACGACGACAGUGAGUUAACCAGUCAUAAAACUUGAUAUUAUCAUACUACGUGUAGAUCUAAGUAUUUAAUUGUACAUACAUUCUAAGUUCACAAAUUGUUAUAUCGACGAGGAGUGUUAUUGAAUUUAUUUAUUUUUUAAUUUAUCCUGUUGACGUCAUCAUUCAUUAAUUGUAACUGUAUAUUUCAUGUACCACGUGUAAUUGUAUAUUGUGUGAUUGUAACAUUUUGACGAGUAUCUCUCCAAAGAAAUCGAUACGCGUUUCCAACGACAGAGGUGCUAAACCCCUCGCAAAAUGAAUAUUUUUGUGAAAUUAGCAAAAUGUAGUUAAACUACAAUAGUGUAAUUUAGUUAGUUGUUGAUAUUACGGGCGUUUUAUAUGCGUAUGUAUAUUUAAAUCAUGUUUAGUGGUAUCUGUCGUCCGGCAGUGGAUACCAUGGUUUUUACUUUUUGGACUAGAUGUAAUUUAUAGAGUAUUUGUUAUAAUAAAAUUAAUAUGUUGAAUAAAAAUCGCUUAAUACAAUUUGAUGUAUUUACGAAUCGUUUUGAUCUUUAAAUAAUUGUAUCUGUAGAAAAAUCUUAAGUGUUGCCGCAAUAAAAAUAAAGUUACCUUCAUUGUUGCCAUUUUAUAGGCUUUUACAAAUUUAUUAUCAAAUCAUUUGUUGUUUAUUUAAAAGCGAAAUAAUAUUUACGCUUAAAAUAUAUUUACUAGUACAGUGUAAUUAAAAAAAUAUAUAGUUGGCUGCGCCUUAUUUAAAAACAGCCAUUAGCUAGAAUAUUAGUCAAAUAAAUAAUAACUUAUAUGUAUCCACAGUCGGACUGUCGUGAAGGAAUUUAAAACGAAAGUACGGACACGAUAUUUCGUAUUCUAAUAUAAUUUUGUAAAACAAAUUGUAACUUAGCGUACUUUCGUCAGGAAUGAGUCUCAUAACCGAUAUAACAACGGUAGCUUUUGAUAACGCAAUGAUUGUAUGUAGAUAAACUAAAUAUAUGACUAUACCUUCGCAGUUAUUGCUUGUGAGCUAUAUUUUAUUAAAUUAAUGUAAUUGUUGCCAACGCUGGGUAUGUAUCUUCCAAUUUAAACGUUUUUUGACAUAAUUUGGUGGAGCUUCGAAACGAGCGGGGAUCGGUGGUUAAUAACCUUAUGAGAUUUGCAAUUAUACUUUAUAUGACGUAGGUAAAUAUAUCAAAUCUAAAUGGCCUUAUACAUGCUUUUGAUGUACCCUCGAAAUUGUAACCUGCUUUGUUGUAUAAUAAUAAUUAUUUACCAUUGUCAUAAUAAGUUGUAAAUAUUUUGUAAAACUAGGCAAUGAGACUUAAAUGUAUAAUGGGUUCGUGGAUAGAUUAGUUAAGAAUUAUUUUAGUGAUCUUGGGUCCUAUCGACACGUCUUGAGGUAAUAUUAUUGUGGUUGUGGAAGAGGGAUGGCGCUCUACAUGUAGUUCUCUGUCACGCUCCCACAACCGACGUAACCGUAGGCCUCCCGUUCCCCGUGAAUUUCGUAGCCGUGACGUAUCAGUUAGACUGAUAAAUAAAAUGUUACAUUGAUGUUUCUGAUAAAUUUAUAUGCUAUCUAUAUUGAUAACUGUACUACUUAAUUUGCAUAAUUCAUUUACGCUCUGCGUAAGUUUUAGACACGGGUAAAUAGUAUAGUUAUGAUUUGAAAUCGGAAAUCGAAAAUUUAGAAAUCCCUAAUGCUUACUGGAAAUUAGAAAAUUAAGUUGACGGAGCUAUUUAAAGUAGCUUAAGGAACAUUUUUGCUCAUUUGAUUAUGUAUAUUUUUUAUUUUUUUCGUCGGUGUUAUAAAUUAUAAUUGGAUGUAUUAUUUUGGUACUUGUAUUGGUAUAAUUUGGAGUAUGUAAUUGCUUCUUCAAUGUUUACAAAGUUGUUUUCACACUUGGUUGUUUGCUGUGAGUUGUUUUAAUGUGGCGUAAACUCUUGUUUAUAGCUGAUCGGAAUGUGUGCUAAUGAGCUAUGGAGAUAUAUUAACCUUCUACUAAGAUUGUUCUAUCUGAAGGUUUAUUUAGACGAGGUGAGAAGUAUUGCGGUUGUUGCUAGGAGAAAGAUGCCGCUAUACGCUUUGUAUGUAUGUUAUCACACUUCCACAACUGCAAUAAUAACGAUGAAGUGUCGAAAGGUCCUUGUAUCAAAAGGGAUAUGUCGGCAACAUCUCGCGCGAUAAUUCUCGCCUCGUCUUAAUGAGAAUGAUCUUAUAUAUGAUAACUGUUUUACGUAGACCAAGUUUCAUAUACAAAAGUUAUAUGAAUUUUAAAUUGUAAUUGUUAAGGUAAAUGUGUUCGAUGAAAGACAAGACUAAGGAUCAAUCAUCGAUCCUCGUUAGGCUUUGUUGAUCAUAUGUUUUAUUAUUGAAAUUGAUGUUACAUUUCUUGUAAAUCAAAAUGAUGUGUACUAAUUAUUGUUACGACAUAUAUUGUUGAAUGCGAUUUAUUUAUUAGCAUGGAAGCAAACAAGUGUGAAAUGUUAAUUUUCAUUUUGACGUUUUGUUUUUCAAGCAAAUUAUGUUCAAAUGACUGAUAGAUUAGGCUGAUUCUGUGACGAGUAUAUCUAUUAUUUCAAUGAAUAAUUCGCUUACCCACCCUUUCUCAUUUCCCUGUAUAGUUCUGUUUAUUGUUCUCUAACUAAGAUUAUUUUUAUUUUCGCUAAUAUUUUGACAUCGCGAGUCCUGAAAUGUAAUAUAAUAUUAUUUAUGACAAGUUACGUUUUUCAUGUUAAUAUGAAGAUAAUGCAAAAACUA